AUGAAUAAACAAGAAGUAACGAAUAACGACACAAAAGUAAAUGAUCAAAAUUGCGUAACUGCCGCAAGUUCACUUAGACUCGCUGCAUAUAUAUCUUCUGGAGGUCUUCAUGGAGAAAUUCGAUUCGAAAGAGCUACAGAAUCUUCGGUACGAAUACGAUAUUCGCUAAAACCAACUUUACAGUAUCCAGAUCAGCAAUGGCUGUGGUCAGUCACUUAUUUUCCAGUCGAUUAUACAAUCAUCGAUGGCAGAUGCGAUGAACGACAUAUUGGUCAAAGUGUGAUCGAUUUAACGGAAAAAAUCGGGCCUCUGGAAUUGCCAAUAAAUCAAACAGGUUCAAUAGAAGUUGCAAACCUAUCUUUAACAGGAGAAAUGGGUCUGUGGGGGAAGAGUUUGGUAUUAAAAGAUAAUUAUUCGCCAAGAACGAUAUGUGCUUCUAUUACGGUUCUUGAAAAAGAUAUUGAGAAAUUUGCUCAGGCACGUUUUUACGGUCCUAUUGCUGGAGUAGUUUUGUUCCGAUGGUUGGACAAUCAAGUGGGCGAUGAACUUGAUACGAUUAUCCAUACGAAUUUACAUCACAUUCACAAACAGAAAUUACAAUUGUUUAACUACACCGAGCAUCAUUGGAAAAUAUAUGUUACUGAUAUUUUAGAAACUGGCAAAGAUAAAAACAACUGUAAUAUACUCCAAAAUGUAUUCGAUCCUAAUAAUUCUGAAGUUGGAAAAUCUAUCGGAGAUGUCGACGUACGUUUAGGCAAAAUAAAAGUUGCUAUUAACACGCAGGAAAGAUAUAAAACUUUUUAUAGAGAUUCAAAACUGUCUUUACUACCAACGGAUUUGCUAGGACCACAUCGUCACUUAUAUUUAGUUAUUUUCCAUCCUGUGCACGAGGAUUCAUUUUUAGCCUGUGCAAAAAUUAAUCAUCGUAAACCAACAUAUACCAAGGCCAUAAUCAAUUCACAUGGCAUUAGAGGCCAAAUUACGGCGAUUCAAGAAACGCCAUUCAAUCCAACGUGGAUCAAUAUUUCAUUAACGACAAUAAAUGAUUUGGAAAUUAGAUUACGGUACGCUACUAAAAUAGUGUCCUAUAGGAUUCACGAAUUACCACCAGAACCGGCAAAAAAUGUUGGAAUUACUGUUGAUUCAUGUUCAACUACUAAAAAGUUAUUUAAUCCUUUAAAUAUCGACGAAAAGACUACUCCACCACCAGGCUUCGGUACUCAGGAUCAAUAUGCUAUUGGCGAUCUAUCUGGAAAGCUUCAAGAUCGAAAGGAAGGAUCAUAUCACAAUGAUAUUUUACCUGGAAGUGCUAAACUCAGUGGAAUUUAUUGGGAUACAUAUUUACCACUUUCUGGGAUUCACAGUAUUAUUCACAGAUCUUUAGUUCUUUACAGGUAUAAUGAGACUGAUAAUACAGGUAUGGUUCCAUGGGUGUGUGGCACGUUUUUACUUUAUACACCAUAUACCGAUUGGCAAAUGCCGUUGUACACAGCGGAAGUGGUAUUCAGGUAUCCUAUUGUUGGUCGGAUACUUUUCCGGCAACCUAGAGAGGAUCCUGAGAUGGAUACUACUGUUAUAAUAGAAUAUCUCGUUCAUGCUGAUGGCAACGCAAUAAAUAAUACUGCAAAUCAUAGAUGGAUGAUACAUGAGAAUCCAUCAGGAAAAGAUUUUUACAACUGGACAAAACGAUGUUUGAGUGCUGGAUCACCCUACAAUCCAUAUAAGGUGGACUCGAAGCCGAAUAGUUCCUGUUUUAUUCCAGAAGUCUCGUUAUGUCGUUUGGGUGAUUUAACGAGACAUGGAACACUUGAAAUUGCCGGCAAAAAAGUCAAUGCCUCGAAAUUGACUCGAAGACUUUUUACUGAUACGAUGUUAUCUUUAUCUGGAUCUCACUCACUAUUUGGCAAAAGUUUAGUCAUUUAUGAUGAUCAUGGUCCAGUUGCAAGAGGAGAUCGACUAGCCUGUUCAACUAUCAGUGGCGUUUACCGACGUAAAGCGGUUGUUAGAGAUUGGUUUGGUAAUGGCGAACAAAUAUCUUUAAGAGGAAAAUUGGAGUUAUUGCAACAGACUGAAUACGAUAUCACUAACGUAGAAGUAUCUCUCGAAGGUCUCAAUGGAAAAAUGAGUGGAUAUCACGUACAUAUGGUGUCUGUGGAAUACGGUUUGGAAUUUCCAUGCGAAGAGACAUCACUCUACGAAACCUGGAAUCCUUUAGAUGUUAAUAGCGAUGUUCCAGCAGCAGAAGAAGGUACUCUAGAUCAAUAUAAGGUGGGUGAUUUGAGUGGAAAAUUCGGCACAUUAGAUAACAAAAAAAGAUAUACAAUGACAUACAACGAUACAAUGUUACCUCUAUUUGGUCCAAGGAGCAUACUAGGACGUAGUGUGGUGAUUCAUAGAAAAGAAAAAAAUUUAAGAUGGGCCUGUUCCACUAUAGAACGAGGAUAUUCUCCAACUGAUGCCUAUGAGUUAAGUGCUAUAGCAUCAUUUCAUCAUCCACAAGGCUUUGUAUAUGGCUACAUAAAGAUGACGCAGCUCGUUUAUAAAGAUGGUAGCCAAAGUGAGACGAUAAUCGAAGUAAAUUUACGACAUCCCGGAAAGCACAAUCGCAAUAUCACCAGAAAUCAUAAUUGGGCUAUAUAUGUAAACCCAGUGGGUGUGGAUGCCGCAGUGAAAAUAAAGGAUACUCGAUGCGUAGCAGCGGGAUACACAUGGAAUCCCUAUUUUACACAACUAGCCGAUCCAUUGAAUGAUGAUCUUUACAGAGAAGAAUGUGGUCCAGAUUUGCCUCUUAGAUGUUAUGUUGGUGAUAUAUCAUCUCGUCUAGGCCCUAUUAAUGUUGGAGAAAAACGACAAAUAUUUACAGAUCUCAACUUUCCUCUGGAUGGAUCGGUAACCGCAAUGGGCAAAUCUAUCAUCAUUUUUGAUAAGGAUUUUGGUAGAAACAGAUUUGCUUGUGCAAAUAUUGAGCCUGAUAAUAAUAUCAUUAAAUAUGCAAAUAUUAGAAAACCAUCGCGAUUUGUUGUAGCACAGUUCUUAGAGGAUGUAAGAAAAGUGAUGGGUAUUCCUGAAUGGAUGUUAUCCAUCGACAGCAGAAAAACCAGAAUAUUACAUAAUGGAGCAUGCAUUCAAUUUCUUUUACAUUUCAAAGGUCCAAUUGCUAAUAAAUUGGAGCAAGAUUUUAGCAAGCUCUUAUCUAUUGGUAAACUCGAAACUCCUAGUUUAUAUAUUCCCGGAUACAUCCCAAUAAAAAGAAAAACUACAUUAGGACAUCGACAGUGUGGCAUACGCGAUUUGGAUGAUGAUGACUUCAACGUCCAUCGUAGCAUGUCUAUUUCGUUAUUGGCAAAUAUGUUUGUGAUAUUUCUAGCAAUAGUAAAUAGUGUAACGUAA